AUGAGUACAGACGUGAUCGCCGCUCCGUCAUCAUCUCCUACAAAAGUGCAACAAGCAGAAUCAGACACUAAAAUGGAAACGUCGACGAAUGAUGGUGAACCGAUGAAUGUUGACGAAACACCAGUCAAUGUUGCUGAAGAGCCGGUAACUGAAGUUAAAGGAGGCAAACGAAAACGUCCAACAAAAAAGCCAGUGGAAACUGAUGAAAAUAGUAUUUCCAAUGCACGUCCGCGACGUACAUUACCAAAACGCGAAGAAGCUGCGCCUGCACCUGCCGUCAAUGGUACAAGCAAAGCGAAUAGAGCGAAAGCACAACGAAAUUCUGCCGAACAAGCUGCUGCUGAUGCUGAUGAUGAACAGGAACGCGACAAAACCAUUCCUGUUCUACAUGACGUAGCUGACGUUGUUUGGGUAAAGAUGGGUGGUCAUCCCUGGUGGCCAAGUCUUAUCGUUCGGGAUCCCAACGAUGCAACACAGUCGUUUACGAAAGUGACUGGCGCGGCACGGCCCAAACGCAUGUAUUUUGUUGUCUUCUAUGGAUCAACUGCCGAUUUUGCAUGGGUGCCUGAUUCAGCAGUGAUAUCCUAUCAAGGUGUUGAAGCUUUCACCACGUAUGCGCAAGAAAUGGUUGAUAAAGCUGUAACGAAAUCACAAAAGGAGCAAUUGACUGAACGAUUUCAACUAAAGGUAACUAUUGGUCGUCGUGAAGACUGGGAAUUAGCUGUUCGCGAAGCUGAUCAAGCUAUGAAACAAACCAGUGAAACACGUCUCGAAGAAAUCGAUCCAAAAGUCCAAUUUUACACUUCUAAAACUGGUGGUUCAAAAGGACAAUCCGGUCGUAAAAGUAAAGUUUCCGCUGCAAAACAUGACGAAUCAUCUGGUCCUCCGAGUGUACCAUCAUCGUCCGUUGAUGCCAGUGACCGUUCAUUACUUGCUGAAAAAACGUUCGAAUUCAAAUCCGAAGAAGAAACAUCCGAGGAGGAAGAAACAUCGUCUGCCAAAACUCCAUCUGUUAAAAUCAAACUCAAAAAGCAAGCAUCCAAUGAUUCAACAACUCCACCGGCAAAACGUCGCUAUGUACGUAAGUCAGCAGCACCUGAUGGUGGAAAGAAAGCCAACGGGCAACGAACAUCAACGCGUACGCAUGAAGCACCGUUGGAAAAUGGAAAUAGCCCCGGAAGCAAACGCGGACGACAACGUCUCAGCAAACCAUCAGUGAUAGCGAGUAACGGAGACAAUGUAAAUUCAGAUAGUUCGUCAACUACACCAAAAGCGUCAUCACAACGAAAAUCGAUUAAAAAGCCACAAGCAUUCAUGAAUAAAUCUAAUCCGGUGUCACCAUUGAACAAUAUUCUUGUUGGUCAACAUCAUCGUUUCGAUACUCGUAUUGGUUUUCUCUCUCCCUUCGAAGAACAAGAAGUUUUUGAUGUCAUUGACCAACUACGUUCUACGAAAACCUUUGAAGAAGCAGAACAAUUAGCGCGCCGUCGUUUUGAGCACAUUCUUUGUUUAAAUUUGAAUAAAACAAAUGCUGAUAUUCCUCAAGAAUGGUUUUAUUCCUUCCUGUUUGCACAUCCAAUCUUAAUCGUUAAGAAUCCCCAAUGGUUCAAUGACAAGAAAUUCGAUUCGUUAGAUAAUACUGACAUGUCAAAUCAAUCCUCGAAUAGCAUUCAAGUACUUAAACGUCAACUUCACAUUUUAUCAAAAUUAUAUCGAAAUGAACUUCAAGUUCGUCAAGUCGGUGAUCGAGCAACUUCCUAA